AUGAGUCAUAUUAUUACUUCCCAUCGCAUAGCCACAGAGUACACGAACUCUAAUAAGCAUGAUGAUACUAGGAACAAUAAAUCACAACAACGACGACGACAACAUGCUGGUGCUGACCUCAGCAGCUUUGUUCGGAUGCCUCCACAACGUGGUGUCAGUGAGAACUUUGAAACCGAUGCUCCACCAAUCCCAUCCACCAAUUCCUGCAACCUGAAUAAUAAUCAUAAGCGACCACCAGCACCCAUGAGUCAGAUUAGGACCACGACCGCACCACGUUCGACUUCUUUGCAUACCCAAAUUCAUGUAUCCGGCAUUACCCUUGACAGUGGUAUUGUCGAUCUUGUUCCAAAAGAAGAAGCAGAAAAGGUGUUGCUAAAGGAGAAUACGCAAUUAGGGGUGGUGAAUCCACAUGAUCCAGAUCGUCUUCCAUUUCUUCGGGUCAGGCCAAGGAGGCAGAUGCAGCAUGUAUCCGGCAUUACCCUUGACAGCGGUAUUCAUGAUCCAGACGAGGAAGAAGCAAAAGAAGAAGAAGAAGAAAAAGAACAACAGCAAGAAGAAGAAGAAGAAGAAGAAGAAACAGAACAACGGCAAACACAACAAGGGCGUCUCGAUCUGAAUCGUCUUCCAGUAAGUCGGAUCAGGACACGUCCAUUGCAUGCCCAGAGUCAUGUUUCAGGCAUAACUGUUGAGGAUAGCGUUCAUUAUCAAGAAGAAGUAGAAGAAGAAGUAGAAAAGGAGGAGCAGACUGAUGCUCUCGAUCCAAAUCGUCUUCCAGUGAGUCGGGCCAGGCGUUCUUUGUAUACUACCCAACCAUCGAUUCAACACCUUGGCAGCGGUGCUCACCACCACCACCACCAAGACGAUGGUGAGCAGACCAUAACUAGUGGCUUUAUCGUUGGUCACUUGUUGGCGACCGUCCAGAAAAAUCUUGAUCAACAACAAACAAGGAGAAGGAAACACCAUGAUGAAGAUGAUGCUGCUGCUCCUGCCAACAAGAAGAAGAUGGCAGACAGAUUGAAUUUUGAUCGGCAAGAUUAUGAUCAAGAUGACGACCAUCAUACAAUUGCUAGUGGUUUUGUUGUUCUUGGUGAUGAUGCUGAUGGGUUGGGCAAUCGUGGUCCCAACAACAAGAACCGAACGGUCACCACCCACAAAAGAAGUCAUGGUAGAAACACCAAUAAGGCAUCUUCGUCUUCACCGUCACAGAAACGGUCCAGCAGCAGCAACAGCAGCAGCAACAGUCACAGCAGCAAUCCUAAUAGUACUCCUCUGAACCUCGAGCACUAUGGCGGCUCGUCGUCUGAAUCGUCUCAUGAGAAUGAUUCGACGAUAUCUUUGGCUAGCCCAAGCAGAAGAAAUGCCUUGGUGAAAACAAGAAGAACAAAAACAGAGUAG